UUGAAACAAAACACUCCCCUCAACUCCCACUGCCCCAUCUUUUUCCCCAAUUUCCCAAAAUUUCCUCCCUUUUUUCCCGCUUGUUUUUCUUCUCUCAAAUUGAUGUAAAUGCUGAUGGGAUCGAGGCGGUGAUCCACUUCUCUUUUAUGUUUUGGUGGUUUGAAUUGCGUGAAGUGGAUUUUUUCUAUGGGGACACUGGUUGAUACUGAGAUCAAUCGAGAUUAUAAUGCUGAUUCUUCAUCUUCCAAUCCGGUUGCUGACACUGUGGUUUACCAACUUGUUCGGGUUGAAGAUGAUGGAAGGCUAUUUCCUGCUACAGUUGAUGAGGUGAUGAAAGCUGAGCAUUUGUUGGAAGAUGACAAGAAUGAAUUGUCUCAAGUUGAAACCACUGCACAUACUGGAAAACAAAUUCCUAAUGAAAGCAUCUCCUUUAAGAAGUGUGAAAGUUCAGAAGGUCUAUCACAGUCAGAAUCCAAUGCAGUAGACUUAUCAAAAUUGAAAUUCAAGGUUCAGGAAGAGAGUUUGCCACUGGCACAAACUCUUGAUAAUUCUUCCAAGAAAGAGGAUGUAGAUACCCAGUUAAAUGAUCAUUGUAACCAUAUAAACAGUAGCAUUGAGAAGGUUAAUAGAGAGGAUAAUGCUCAGUCCAAAGGCCUAAAUGAUAGCCAUGUUGCUUCAUUAGGGAGUGGAGAAACAUGUUUAGAACCUGUGAAUGAAGCAGUCACCAAUGUGUCCUUGGAUUCUGAAACUUGCUUUAGUUCAAUGCCUGAUUUUUCUAUAUUGAAUGGGGAAAUCCACUUGGACAGUCUUACCAUUAGAGAACUUCAAGAAGCUUUCUGGGCAACAUUUGGACGACGGACUUCUGUUAAGGAUAAAUUGUGGCUUAAGAGACGGAUUGCAAUGGGCUUAACUAAUUCAUGUGAUAUCCCAUCUGGUAAUUUUACAAUUAAAGACAAUAAGAUAGUUAGGAAGGAUGAUGCCAAGGAAUUGCCUUGCAGUCUGCAAGCAAGCAACUUGGAAGCUGUUCCCUUGCCCACUGAGCAACUUGUUUCUCCCAUAGAUGAUACUUAUGAAAGCUCACAACGCUUCAGCCCUGCCAACCAAGAAGAGGAUCAGCAACAGUCAUCUUGCAAGAGAAAUAGGGAAACAAUAUUGGAAUGUGAUGUAAAGAGUGCAGAUAUUAGUGAGGAGCCUUGUGUAGCUAAAAGAGUUCGAAAACCAACCAAGCGCUAUAUCGAAGAACUUUCAGAAUUUGAACCCAGGGAGUGUACUGGCAAAGUCUUUACUCCUUCAAGGAUUUCUGAACAAUGUCAUUCCUCUUCAAAAUCUAGGUCAAGACCUACUCAUGUUAUUGGUUUGCAAGGUAAAACAUCUGUGACCAGGCAGGAUUCUCUUGGAGGUUUUACUGUUCACAUACCAUAUGUCUGUAGGGUGAGAAGACAACGCCCAAGGAAGAGUUUCAUGGCUUUUAUGAACUUUGUUGACUCAGAGAGUGAAAAGACGGACAGAGAACAUUUUGACAUCAGUGAGAGGGAUAUUCAGCAUGGCAUGGCAGAUAAUUCUGGAGAUAAUUCAGAUGAUAAUGCUUACACAAAAUUGGAAGGUUCAAACAAACGGAAGCACCACCGUGCUUGGACACUUUGUGAGGUUUUGAAAUUAGUUGAUGGUGUAGCUAGGUUGGGAGCUGGAAAGUGGUCUGAAAUCAAGAGAAUAGCCUUUGCGUCCUAUACUUAUCGCACUUCUGUUGAUCUCAAGGACAAAUGGCGAAACCUUUUGAGAGCAAGCUUUGCACUAAGAACUACAGAGAAAGGGGCAAAGAUUUCACGGAAACCAUCCUCGCUUCCGAUCCCAAUACCCAUUCUAAUGCGUGUCAGGGAAUUAGCAGAGAUGCACUCGAAGACAGGAAUUGAUUUCACUACAAGAACCCUUUCAGACGAGGGUUCAACUGUUUUGAAAGAAAAUGACACUGGAUUCUUGUGACCUUCAUUUUCUUUACCUAGAACUGACAGGGCUUAUCUGGUCAUAUGCAUGCUGUAUAUUCACCAUCUCUUCACAUUUCUGGAGCUAUUGUCGAAACAUUUAAAUCCAUCUUAUGCUUGCUUCAAGCAUUAAGUUUGUCUAACAUCGUCCGCUUGUCAAUAGAUUUCAUCUUUUACGUCCGAUUAUUUGAUUCUUUCA